CAGAGAGCAGUUCGCCAUGUGGACGCCGUCGCUCAACUUCAUCAACCUGCACUAUGCGUACAUUAUUUCCAUGGGCAUCCUGGGCCUGAUUGUGCUCUACCCAUAUGGAAACCUCAGGGCAAUAGAUGCCUAUUUCUUCGGCGCUAGUGCGUCUACGGAGUCCGGGCUCAACACGGUUGAUGUCAAGGAUCUCAAGACGUACCAGCAGCUCUACAUAUACUUCAUCCCCAUCCUCACCAACCUCGGUUUCAUCAAUAUCCUCGUUGUGGUUGUGCGGCUGCAUUGGUUUGAGAAGCGUCUGAAGGAAGCUGCCAUCACGCUGCGGCCGGCAAGGAGUAGACCUGCAGAUGUGGAGGCCGAACCCGUUCAGGCUGCAGCAGAGGACAAGUCCCCACCAGAAGCAAGUGACGUCCCCUCCAACAACGUGCAGCGGAGCAUCACCUUUGCCGAUGACCCUCCCCCCAACCAUGACAAGGCACUAUACAUUCCCUCUCCACGGGAGCUGGAUCAGGGACGCCGCAUUGAGGAGGUAGACUUUGAAGACAGCGACCCGGCUCUCGAACAGGCACGAACAAGCGAUAGUCAAAGCAUUGCCAGCAGCACUGUUACGGGGAGUAUCCGCCAGCGCCGGAUGACACGCCAACUAUCCACCGAUCUCUCCAUCUCAAACAUUGCCUCGUCAUUGUUCACCCUUGGCCCCACGACCAGUAGCACCAAGCGGGAAAUCGUCCAGCCGCGGGAGGAGCCGCUCUCCAAGCAGCUGGCACUACCAGAGCUGUCCUCACGGGCAACCGUUGGUCGCAACUCAAACUUUCGCAAUCUAACGGAGCAGGAUCGCGAAAUGCUUGGUGGUCUUGAGUAUCGCGCCCUGAAGCUGCUGCUGAAGAUUACUACGGGCUAUUUCUUUGGCCUCCAUCUCUUUGGCGUGAUCUGCUUGCUGCCGUGGAUUCGCCAUGCGGACCCCAAGUACCGCGACUAUCUCCGCGAGUGCGGGCAGAACAGUGUCUGGUGGGCUUUCUACUCGGCUCAGACAAUGGUGGACAAUCUGGGCUUCACCCUCACCCCUGACUCCAUGAUCGCCUUCCAGGACGCAGCGUGGCCCAUGAUCCUGAUGAGCUUUCUGGCCUAUGCCGGCCAUACAUUCUACCCUUGCAUGCUGCGCCUUGUUAUCUGGGCCAUGUCCAAAGCCUGCCCGCGCACUUCCUCUCUGCGCGAGCCGCUAGACUUUCUCCUCAAACAUCCCCGACGCUGCUACACCCUUCUCUUCCCCAGCAAGCCUACCUGGAUCCUCUUUGCCAUUCUCGUUGUCAUGAACGUCCUUGACAUCAUUUUCAUCAUCGUCCUCGACCUCGACAACGCCGAAGUCAACAAACUCCCCGGCGGCCCCCGUCUCGCAGCAGCCAUCUUCCAAUCCGCCUCCGCCCGCCACACCGGCACCAGCAGCUUCAACCUGGCCAACGUGAACCCGGCUGUACAGUUUAGUCUUCUCGUCAUGAUGUACAUCGCCAUCUUCCCCAUCGCCAUUAGCAUCCGCGCCUCCAACACCUACGAGAGCCAAUCACUAGGCAUCUACCACAAAGAGGGCGAGAUCAACGAGAGCGACAGCAGAUCCUACGUCCUCACACAUAUCCGUAACCAGCUCACCUUUGACCUCUGGUAUAUCUUCCUAGGCAUCUUCUGUAUCUGCAUCGCCGAGUCGGAGCGGAUUAUGGAUCCUGCUGAGCCGGCAUUUGCCGUGUUCCCUCUCUUCUUCGAGGUCGUCUCGGCUUACGGCAACGUCGGCAUGAGCCUCGGCUACCCAACAGUAAGCACCUCGCUCUCCGGGCAAUUCUCAACCUUCAGCAAGCUGGUUAUCUGCGCGAUGAUGAUCCGUGGCCGGCACCGGUGUCUGCCAUACCAGCUGGAUCGUGCCAUUGUGCUUCCGACGGAGAGAGCGGAUAUGGAGGGUGAGGCGGAGAGCCGUGAUAAGAUUCAGAAAUACCCGAGUUUGUCCAAGUUGAAGGCUACGUAUACGACUUGAAGUACAGAGAGAUAGUUGAGGUAUAUAGUAGUUCAAGUCCUCCGGUAUGGCUGGAAACAAU